CGGAGGCUGCGGGAGAGAGCGCGAUGGGCCGCGGCGGAGGGCGCACGCUCUGCGGGGACUCAUGCCACGCGCGUCCCGGCUCGGCGCGCAAUUAGCAGCCACCUCCGCAGCCCGCCGCCGCCGCCGCCGCCACCGCGUCCCCGCCCUCCCGGACUGCCGCGGCGAGAAACUGCAGCCGUCGCCUCGCGCAGGCUGCCGGCAUUGUCCUCCCCGUCCGCCGCCCAGGUUGCCCGCCGCUGCCACCACCGCGGGCUGCUGCGGGGUCCCGGACCCGAGCCCCGGGGACGCGCUGCCGCCGGCUGGCCCGGCGCCCGGCCCCGCGUGGUGAUUUCUGCGUCCUGCGCUCCCCAGCCACCCGCUCCUUCGUGUUUUUUUUCCCCUGCGGAGCGGAGGUCGGGGAGGAGAAGUCCAGCCGCCAAGCCUAGCCCAUCCCAGGCGCGCAGCCCCGACGGGGCCUCGGCGGGCGCGGCGGGCGCGCCGACGGAGCCAUGAGAGAGUACAAAGUGGUGGUGCUGGGCUCGGGCGGCGUGGGCAAGUCCGCGCUCACCGUGCAGUUCGUGACCGGCUCCUUCAUCGAGAAGUACGACCCCACCAUCGAGGACUUCUACCGCAAGGAGAUCGAGGUGGACUCGUCGCCGUCGGUGCUGGAGAUCCUGGACACGGCGGGCACGGAGCAGUUCGCGUCCAUGCGGGACCUGUACAUCAAGAACGGCCAGGGCUUCAUCCUCGUCUACAGCCUCGUCAACCAGCAGAGCUUCCAGGACAUCAAGCCCAUGCGGGACCAGAUCAUCCGCGUGAAGCGGUACGAGCGCGUGCCCAUGAUCCUGGUGGGGAAUAAGGUGGACCUGGAGGGCGAGCGCGAGGUCUCCUACGGCGAAGGCAAGGCCCUGGCCGAGGAGUGGAGCUGCCCCUUCAUGGAGACGUCGGCCAAAAACAAAGCCUCGGUGGACGAGCUGUUCGCCGAGAUCGUGCGGCAGAUGAACUACGCGGCGCAGCCCAACGGCGACGAGGGCUGCUGCUCGGCCUGCGUGAUCCUCUGAGGCGCCCGCGGCCGCCGCGCCGGCCGUGCUUUGCGCACAGAAAGAGCCCAGCGCACCCGACUCUCUUCAAUGGGAUUCCUCUUCUUGCUUUGAGACGGGAGACGACUUUUGCAUUGGCCGGGGUGUCCCGGGAUCCCGGCCGGCCCCUGCGGCCCACGUCCCCUGCCUCCUCCCCGCGUCCGGAGGGGUGACCCAGGUCCUGACCAUCGGAGACCCGGUGGAAAUGUGGUUCUUUGCAUCAUGAGUAGCUGGAAAUUAUGACCGGGUUCCUUUUCUGCCAGCUUGGAAGGGCAACCCCGUGACUGAUUGCGAUUCUGAGGAUGUCUAUGCAAAGUUGGAUUCUUGUUUCAGUGUAUCCAAUCUGAAGUAUUGCACAUCUGAACUGGGACUGUUAACACUGAUGCCAAUACAGUGUGGGGUGCCAGAAAGUGUCUGCUGAUAUUUGUGGGGGGGGAAAAAAAAAUCUAUUUUGUUUACCUACUGUAUCUAAGGGGAGUCUGGGGAAAAACGGUAGUAUUUUUUUUUAUCAGCUGUGAAAAAAAUGUUACAGAUCUGCACAUGUUGUGUGUGUACUAUUGUGUGUGUGUGUUUUUUUGUUUUGUUUUUUCUUUUUUAAGUUUAGCUUUUUAUUCUUAUUGGUUGGCAGUAACAGAUUUUGAUGAGUAGCUCUUUAAAAUACAGUACAAAGACUUAAAUGUGAUUCAGGGCCCCCAGCACCCCUGUGUCUGCAGAGUGCCUUCAAAACUCAGCUGUUCCAGCCGGUGCCAACCUGUGAACUUCCCACCCUACCCCAGAAUCUGCUGUUCCCCAAACCACUUCCCCGUUUCCUUUCAGCAAUCAUCCCGAAGGAGCCAGGACAAUAGGGCCUGUUGUUCUGUGAAUUUCUUCUUAAUUAUUUCCAACCUUUAAAAUGUAAUUUCCAUGUCCUGCGAUUUUUUUUUUAACUUUAUUUUUCUUCGUUUUGUUCAAAUGUUCAGGUAUUUAGCUCCCCUUUUAUAUUAUUUUAAAAUAUUUUUUUUUUUUGGUUGUCUGUUAAUAGGGUCUUCCUUCAGAAGCAAAGAGCAAAAUUUUACUGUUGUGAUGUACCAAGAGAAUUCUAACCAAUUGUAAUUUUUAAUUCCAGACACACGUGUUUAAUCAUUGUCUCUUCAUUUUAAGACUUUUAAUACAAAUGUCAUUUUUAAAGAAACCAA